GCAUUGCCACACACAACAGAAGCAAAGCCAGCCUGUGAGUGCACUUUGUACACGUCCAUUGGCGUAGCUAGCUAGUUAGGCAGAGAUGGCGAAGAAAGUGCAGGUGGUCGCCACGCUCCUGGCCCUGAACCUUCUCUUCUUCACCUUCGCCAACGCCACUGGCCGUCCCUGCCCUCCUGGCGGGGGCAGCGGCGGGGGAGGGAGCGGUGGCGGUGGGGGAGGAGGGGGCAGCGGGGGCGGGGGAGGCGGCAACUGUGGUGGCGGGAACUGUGGUGGGGGCGGAAACGGUGGUGGCGGGAACUGUGGAGGAGGGAACUGUGGUGGGGGUGGAAACGGUGGAGGCGGAAACGGUGGUGGUGGCAAUGGUGGAGGCGGAAACUGUCCCGGAGGCGGAAACUGUGGCGGAAACGGUGGCGGUGGGAACGGUGGCGGAGGAAACGGUGGAGGUGGGAACGGUGGCGGAGGAAACGGUGGAGGUGGGAAUGGUGGCGGCGGAAACGGUGGCGGCGGCAACGGUGGGGGCGGAAACAGCACCCAGUGCCCGCUGGACGCGCUGAAGCUGGGGGUGUGCGCGAACGUGCUGGGGCUGCUGAACAUUACCCUGGGGAGCCCGCCGGUGCAGCCGUGCUGCUCGCUGAUCCAGGGGCUGGCGGACCUGGAGGCGGCGCUGUGCCUGUGCACGACGCUGAACCUCAACCUCCUGGGCAUCAACCUGACCUUGUCCAUCGCCCUCAGCCUCGUCCUCAACAACUGCGGCAAGAACGUCCCCUCCGGCUUCCAGUGCCCCAACUGAGCCCGGCCGGACCUUGCAUGCUGCAUCCGCCAUACCUCAUGCAUGCAUGCAUGCAUGAUUGGCUAUUUGAAGUACCACCACGUACUUAAUUGUGCGCUUUGAUUACGUAAUUAUCUGCUGGUUUUUAUGUGUGGCUGGAUUUCGAUUGCGGAGAAACUACGUACUACUUCUCCAGGUUCUACGUACAAGCACGCACUGUUACCUGCGUGCGUAAGGAUUUCGUUGUGUGUGUGCAUGAUGUCUUGUCGUAAUCGUCACAUGUUUGUGAUGAGUUAGUUAUUGCCAGAGUGCUCAUGAUGUACCGCUAUCUCCGGCUAAAUAAAAGAUUUGCUAUUUUCCAUUA